AUGAACACCCACGAUAGCGAUGGACUGCCACAGCAGCCUCCAACUACUCCAGCAGCACAUGCACCAGAAAAUGGAGAAGCAGACUAUGCCAUCGCCGCCUGGCGCCGAUAUGCUCACCUAUACGCCCCCUUGAUUGCUAGCCCUUUUGCUGUUUUCUUGUCACCAGUCAUCGCUCAGGCCACUGGCUUUACGACCGGCGGGAACAGUCUGCCACUUGUAGUGUCUUUCGCCCUACCGACGUACCUCGUAGCAUCCUCCCUCUACCCGUCGAACCGACCCGAACCUACUCCGAAGCAAUCCAUCCGAUUCACACGCAAGAACGACCUCUACCGCGCAGGCGUUAUCGCAACCUACGGGCGGCUAUUCGGUACACCACCAAACGUCAUACAAUACUUAGUAGACAUACUCGGCAGCUAUGGCGCCGACCAAUUGAUUGGGGAACGUCCUGUGGGUACAACACAAAGGCGUUCGGAAUUUCUGAUCGCUCUGACGUGGAUACUUGGUAGCUGGUUCGUCCGCUUCUUCGUAUCCUUCGAUACACCUAUGUUGCAACAAGUCGUUCCUCUUGUCGAUCGUACCCUCAAUCUUACGGCAUAUGUUGCGUUGGUUGACGAUGUGGUCGGUGUGUUGACGCGACCGAAUCUUCGCACCCGGAAAGGAAAAGCCACCCUCAUCGCGACCCAGGCGUUCACGAUAUCGGCGUGCGUGUUUCUGUUCAUGAGAUGGGCAAAGGGGUUAGCUGAAGGGGAAGUCAGUCCCUACACCGUAUCAGCAACAGAGCUGUAA